AAUGUUGGUGAGCGGCCUAUGCUCGUCAACGAGGGGUAACAGGCCUAAGUAAGUAAUAAGUAAGGGUGUGGAAAAUCAAUAUAUAAGUGAGUGCUUGGUUUAAUGACAAGGUGAUUUUAGACUACUGGUUGUGAAUACUUGUUUUGGGGAUGUGUUUUUGGAGAGUUAUUAAAUUCUCAUUUGUACCGGUCUUUGUGUUUUCAUUUCGCAAUUAGUCAAGUGUAUUCAUUCCUUUCGGACAUCAUCCUUUAAAUGUUUCUGCUAUUCCAAUAUUUUCCACUUAUCUUAGUAUUUUUCCAUUCUUAUGGAUUAUCAUUUUUAGUCCCAAACCUUAUUAGGGUAAACUGAAAGAAUGCACUGUGUAUGUGCUAUUCUAUACUGGUUCAAUGCUACGCUUAUGUCUGUUUGUCUCUCAUUGAUCAGAAAAAUGGAUUAGAGCUCCCAGUAUGGAUUUAAUAGCUUACUUGUUAUCGAAGUAAUCGUUCAACUCUGAAAAACCUUCUAAACGGAUGUUUCGUCGUAAUUUUUGACUCUUCAAUAUUGUAAAACCAGAUCUCUCACAAGGAAUGAGAAACAUGAACUUCAGUUCUAACCAUAAGCAUAACACCUAUAGGAGAUCAACGAUAUAUAUAUUCAAUUUAUUUACUAUGCAGUUUGGUCCACAUUCAUUAUCAUUGACAACAAACAUUUUAUUAAUGAAUCAGUCGACUUCGGAGGUUUCAGCUUUCCAUUACUAGGUCGAAUAAAAGGUUUUAGUGGGAAUUUCUGACGUGGGAAGUCGUUCGUGAAGAAUUAAAAUAAUUACUCACUGACAGUACUGACUUUUAGUGUCUCUUUAUCCUAAACUACUUGGUGCUAUGUUAAAUUCCAACCCAAUAACUGAUUAACAUCGUGUUUCACAUAAAAUCUGAAUGCCAUGGUCGUGGUUGUGUUCAAUUAUUAUUAAUUCUGAAUUUAGCAAACAAAAUCUCCUGAAUCUCCUGGGUUCUGACCUAAAUGAAAUCUACGUAAAAAAUUAACUAUUCAAUCAAAAAGAUCAGUGAUAGUUCCUGUUAGUUGGCAUGGUAGAUAUUGUAAACGUUAUGUGUAAACUGUAACCUAAACUUAUCAGAUUUUAGUAAUUAAAAUUUCGGUGUAAGAAAAUGUUUUCCAUUUUAUAUAUUUAAACAAUGCGAAAAUAAAUCUUCAUAUUAUGAAUUAGUACACAAAAUUAGUGAAUAUUAUGUGUACUGUGUUAUUGAAUUAUAGUCGAAAAUCAAAAAGUAAUGGAUCGUUGUUUUAUCUCACUCCAAAAUUCUUGAACUCUGGUCAAUCAUGAUCCUGUCAUUGCCAAAUAGUAGUGCUUUCAUGCGUUGUACUGAUUGCAUUGCUUUUAUACAAGUGAACUGGUGAUUAAGUUAUUUUAUUAAACAAAAGAAAUUCAAACACUUCUAAUUUUAUAUUUUUUUAAUUGGCAACAUUUUUGUUCAUUGAUUUCAGAUAUAAUGUUUAGGUCAAAAUAUGUUGGUUCAUAUGGAUCCAUUUCUCGUGAGUGGGAACCUCCGCCACGACCUCCACCUCUGCCACCGCGUAUACCACAAGAAUAUGAUCCGUAUAUUGGUCCAGGAAAAUGGUAUAGAGGUCGUAUAAGAUCGUUUAGUAUGACUGAAGGCUUUGGCACUAUUGUAGCAGAUUUUCGUAAUGUGGAAGUAUUUUUUCACCAAUCUAACGUAUAUGGAAUUUAUGCGGAGCAGUUAUAUCCAAACUUACCAGUUUGGUUUCAAAUACGUCCAGGUGUAAGGGAAUUAGAAGGAUAUAAUAUUCAACCAGCAAUUGAAAUGAGAGAAGUUGCUUCAACAUCACGAAUUCCAUGGUCAGAACCAGCAGUUCGUCAACCGUCAUUUCCUCUUGGAUCAGAGCCAUUCAGAAUGAAAAGGUUACCUGAAAGACGCAGAACAAGACGAUUUCGCUGUUAUAAUUGUGGACAAUACGCUUCACAUAAAGCUGCCACAUGUCCGUAUGAACCUAUGCGACGACGUUGUUAUCGAUGUCGUGAUCCAAAUCACUUAAUAGCUCAAUGUCCCUUAUUACAUUCACGUACACCGCAUUCUUAUUUACUACCUGGACCGUCAACUUUGCAAUUACUCCCACAAUUUCCAGAACCACGUUCACGCGUACCACAACCAUUUUUAGAGACAGUACAAAGACAGUUGCCUCAACAAACCCAACAGCCAUUCAUGCAAUAUUUUUUCCCGCCAGGGUUUCGUUAUGAUGAUGAUGAUGGUGAAGACGAUGAACAUGGUGACUUUAGGGAGUAA